AUGUUCUACUUCUUCACAAGUGAGGUCUCUGUCGGUCGCAUCUCCAGGGGGCCUGGAAGUCUACAGAGAGCCUCGCCAUCCCAGACCGUGAGGCAGCUCCAGCUCCACAAGGACUGGGCCCACAGCUGCCCCCCAGAGGCCCACGGCUGCCCCCCGGGAGACCCACUGCUGCCCCCCCCGGAGACCCACCGCUGCCCCCCAGGAGACCCACCACUGCCCCCCAGGAGACCCACGGCUGCCCCCCAGAAGAACCACCGCUGCCCCCCUAGAGGCCCAUGGCUGCCCCCCCCGGAGACCCACCGCUGCCCCCCCCCCCCCCGGAGACCCACCGCUGCCCCCGAGGAGACCCACCGCUGCCCCCCAGAGGCCCACGGCUGCCCCCCCCAGAGGCCCACGGCUGCCCCCCCCAGAGGCCCACGGCUGCCCCCCCAGAGGGCCCACUGCUGCCCCCCAGAGGCCCACGGCUGCCCCCCAGGAGACCCACCGCUGCCCCCCAGAGGCCCACGGCUGCCCCCCCCAGAGGCCCACGGCUGCCCCCCCCAGAGGCCCACGGCUGCCCCCCCAGAGGCCCACUGCUGCCCCCCAGAGGCCCACCGCUGCCCCCCCAGGAGACCCACGGCUGCCCCCCCAGGAGACCCACCGCUGCCCCCCCCAGGAGACCCACCGCUGCCCCCCAGAGGCCCACGGCUGCCCCCCAGGAGAACCACCGCUGCCCCCCUAGAGGCCCACGGCUGCCCCCCCCCGGAGACCCACCGCUGCCCCCCCCGGAGACCCACCGCUGCCCCCCCAGGAGACCCACCGCUGUCCCCCAGGAGACCCCACGGCUGCCCCCCGCGGAGGCCCACGGCUGCCCCCUGGAGACCCACUGCUGCCCCCCAGAGGCCCACCACUGCCCCCCCAGAGGCCCACGGCUGCCCCCCCAGGAGACCCACUGCUGCCCCCCGGAGGCCCACGGCUGCACCCCGGAGACCCACCACUGCCCCCCCGGAGACCCACCGCUGCCCCCCAGGAGACCCCACCGCUGCCCCCCAGGAGACCCACGGCUGCCCCCCCAGAGGCCCACGGCUGCCCCCCCGGAGACCCACCGCUGCCCCCCCAGGAGGCCACUGCUGCCCCCCCAGGAGACCCACCACUGCCCCCCAGGAGACCCCACCGCUGCCCCCCCAGGAGACCCACCACUGCCCCCCCAGGAGGCCCACGGCUGCCCCCCCAGGAGACCCACAGUUGCGCUGA